CGGCAAAGACCAAUCGAAAGCGAGUAUGCAGUACGCAACAACUGCUAGUCAAUUUUUUUUAAUAUUUUAAUUAAUUAAUUAUCGAAAGUGGCAAAUGGGUUGUCUCUUCGAAGUCGUCGUCUUCGCUUAGGAAAGCUCUACUGUUGUUUCUCUUGGCUUUGAUUUGAAGAAAUCGAGGGUUUUUAGUUUUAAAAGUCUCAGCCUCAAAUAAAUUCAUUGAAAAGUCAAAACAUUUUUCCUUUGCCCUUUGUUAUAAUUAUAUAAUCUCUGUGCUUUCAAUUCUCUACAAUCAAGUUUUGUUUUGGGCCUGUGAGUUUUUACGUCGCCAUGGCUUCUCAGGCGCAUCUGGAGAAGAUGCAGGUCCGCCAGAACUACCGGAAUCUCUGGCACACUGAUCUCAUGCACGCCAUUCAAGCUGAUACUCCUUAUUGCUGCUUUUCAUUUUGGUGUGGGCCAUGUGUAUCAUACUUGCUCCGAAAGCGAGCUCUAUACAAUGACAUGUCAAGGUAUGUCUGUUGUGCUGGUUAUAUGCCUUGUAGCGGCAGGUGUGGUGAAAGCAAGUGCCCAGAAUUUUGCCUUGCCACAGAGGUAUUCUGCUGCUUUGGAAAUUCGGUGGCCUCUACCCGCUUUCUAUUGCAAGAUGAAUUCAACAUUCAGACCACACAAUGUGAUAAUUGCAUUAUUGGUUUUAUGUUCUGUCUCCAACAAAUUGCAUGUAUAUUCUCCAUUGUGGCAAUGAUUGUUGGGAGUGAUGAAAUUUCAGAGGCUUCUCAGUUACUUUCAUGUUUGGCUGAUAUGGUGUAUUGCACGGUUUGCGCCUGUAUGCAGACUCAACACAAGAUUGAAAUGGACAAACGAGAUGGCAAAUUCGGGCCACAAGUGAUGGCUGUGCCCCCUGUUCAGCAGAUGUCACGCAUUGAUCAGCCAGUUCCUCCCAAUGUUGGAUAUGGACAGCCCUACGGUUAUCCACAAGCUCAAGGCUAUCCUGCGGCAGGUUAUCCUCCGCCUGCCAAUUACCCACCGCCUGGUUACCCACCUUCUGGCUACCCACCUUCUGGCUAUUCCAGGUAGAUUGGUGACUUUAAUGAAUGUUGGUAUGCCGUUCCAAAGGAGUGUUACAGUGGUUAAUAUUGAUUUUGUGGUGAUAAACUCUAUUGUGAGUUGUGUCCAGUGUGGGAAAAAUAGCGGAGAUGGUUCUUUUGUUCUGUUUAUUUUAUACCAGUAAAAAUCUGUGCUCUUUGAAUUGUUCACUGUGCAUUAAAAAAAAAAACUAAAAAUUGAGACAAUUUUUUUUUUUCUCUUCCUCUUAAUAUUUUACCUUUGGUGCCAAUAUUGGUGUGCAUAAUGCAAAUUUUUGUUGUACAUUAAUUGCACUUAAUUAUUCAACAUCUUUAUCA